AUGUUCCAUCCAGUGUCGUUGCUUAAGAAUGCUACCGACUUGGCCAGUGUCGUAGCUAGCCUGUUUAGAAAGAAAAAGGAUCAUGGCCGAAACUCACUCGUCAAAGUGCAAGGGGUGCGGAAGCGGAAAGCUGCUAAAACGAGNUUGGCCAGUGUCGUAGCUAGCCUGUUUAGAAAGAAAAAGGAUCAUGGCCGAAACUCACUCGUCAAAGUGCAAGGGGUGCGGAAGCGGAAAGCUGCUAAAACGAGUUCCAACAACAAUUCCAAAAUCCAAAUAUCAGCCCUUCAUUCCUUCACCACGGCCAGUGCAGAAAUUCGCUCGAGCAGCAAAGACUCAACAUCGGAAAGAGGAACGGAGACUGAUACGUGUACACUUUCCACGGAAAAUGAUACCUCUGAUGCAGUCAUUGAGAUUGUUGACAAGGGCACUUACCUUGACAAAGUCGAAUCUUCUCGUUGUGAUACUCGUAGCGUUGGAUUUGAAACUGAUCUGAAGCCAGAAUGUGAUGAAAGUUCCGUUCACAAGAGUGAGAAGCUAUCGGCUGAAAUCUUGACCCCCAUGAAAAACUCUCCUGUACGAAGCAUGAGUAGCAACUGUUCGUCUGACGAUCGUUCGUUCAGCGAGUUAAUACGAGACUUCUCAAUAAGUUCAAAUGCGGACAGCACAUGGCCUGGUGACUUUUACUUCUUUUUUUAA